CCCGCGUUUGGCGACACGGGGGAAAACCAGCGCCGCCGCCAAGUUCCACUCUCUACCGCCGCUCCCCGCAGCGCCGCCGCCGGAGGGCCGGCCGGCGAAGCCGCGCCUCGCCCAGGGGAGGUGGCGGCGGGGCGGUCUCGUUCCCCUUCCCGCGCCAGAGCCCCUCCCCCCACCCCUCGAUCUGGCCGGAGCCGCUCCACCACCACCCCUCCGGUCCAGCGCUGCCUCCCUCGUCCCCCCACCCCCCACGGGGCUCGCUCCCUCCCUGGACGGAUCCACGGCAGCGGCAGCGCCCUGGCUCCCUGCGCGCUCGGCCCGGCCCGCCCAGAUCCGAUCUGGCGAUGCUCGCGAGCGCCCUCCCUUCCAGCUGCUGCAGUAUCCUGCUGGUCCGGCGUUGGGCGCGACGCACUUGGCUACGGCCUCUGCGUCCUCUCCUGCAGUCCGCCCAUCCCCACCUACGGCACGGCUAGCCCUGCUGGUGCUGUCGUCGACUAUGGGCUGGGCGCAUGAACUGCAACUGGUCUUCCUCCACUCCCGAGCCACGGAGAUGGCUAAAGUGCGGAGGCGACGAGGCUACAGUGCUUGUGCAGUCACGGUGCUCCUCAAGGCGGGUGCUUGUUGGCGCUGCUCCGGCCCUGGCGACCUAGGGUCCGCGUCUCUCCGGUGCCCUCGGCCGCUGGUGUCCUCUGCCGGGCAGCUCCGCCCUCGGUGACCCAGUAGUUGCGUUCUUUCCAACUCGCUUGGCUCACCGACGUCGCGACGGCCAUGGCCACGGCAGGUCGGAUCUGCGUCCCUCCAGUCCUAGCUCGCCGGCGUUGCGGAUAGCAAUCGCCCCACCCUCCUCGUGGUUUGCUCCGCCGCCUACCCUGCUUUGUACAUCUCAAAGCCUCCCCUUUGGUCAGAUCCAACGCUUGUGGGUCCGGAGGCAGUGCCAUCAUCCGACGGCAGGUGCAGCCCCGCCAAUCGCCUUCCGACAUGGUGGCUUUGACUAGUGCGGGCUUCCUCAUCUUCGACUCUAGACACGGCGGCUAUGGGAUUGCUCAGCCUUCGGCCGGGGUGAAAUCCCUGCCCGGCUUGCCGGUGCUGGCAGCGGCGGCGUCUGCGGAUGUCGUUAUCUUCUUGAAGACGUUGUCAAGGUCCUCGGCUGAGCCCCUCCUCAAGCUCAGGGGAAACCCUAGGUCCUCUAGACCGGAUGGCGAUGGCGUCUCGGCGUCGUAUUCCUUCUUGAAGGCGCUAUCUUGCUUGCUCGCGGUGUCCCCGGUUUUGGUUUUCACGAUGUUGGUAUUCUCGCUGGUUCGACUUGACCGCUCUUGGUUCAGGCUUGGUAGGUCUAGCUGGGUUGUAUCCCUUGUUCGGGCUGAGCAUCCCUUGUCUCCCUGCUCCGGGCACCAUGUUCACACUUGUCUGCGUCCGUGUCAUGUGAUGUUCCCCUCUCUGUACUCAUUCUAUUCCUUCUAUCAAUGCAAUGAUACGCAAGCUUUGCGUAUUCGCGAAAAAAAAUAUAUGCAUAUGUACGAAAGCUUGCGUCUGUACUCUAUUAAAAAAAAUCUCGGGCCGGUCGUGGCAACCAACCAACCCCUCGCAACCGGCACAGCAUUCCGCUUGCGCGCUGCCACCGGCCCUCUCACCACCUGCACUGUGCGAGUCAGAGAUUUUGCGCGCGCGCCCCGGGGCAAAGAGGUAGUGCCAUUACUGUUCAGUGCGGUGGUUUCGGUGAAAGAGACCGACAGAGCUUGGUGGAUAUAGAAGAGAGAGGAGGCGGAGGCGAGGUCUCCAACGGGGAGGGAAUAGAGCGGUGCAUUUUCUUGCCCACAGGCACGGAAGGUCAGCCUCUCGGCAGCAAGGGGCGUCGCCAUUGCUCCCAUCGGCGCCGCCUGUUCUUGUGUGAUUGCUUCAGUUCGCACCACUAAACAGGAUGGAUGGGAUGGACUUCCUGGCCGGAAUGGGCAUGAACGAGGAGGAUCUUAUGACGAUGGUGUUUGAAAAGAAUGUUGCUGAGCUGAGAGAAGACACAUUUGAUGGUUCUGAGGAGGAAAGGCAAAUCUUUGAGGAGAUUUUCGGCUGCGGGCAGAACACUUCACAACCAGGCGCAAGCAAAACAUCUAGCGCGCCAUCCGGCUCUGCCUCCAGCGGCAAGAUGGUCUACUGCCGCAUAGUGGAGUCCUUCACUCACGGCAACCUAUCGAGCUAUCAUGUCUUCGAUCACAGUGCUAGUCAACAGAUGCAGAACGCAAUGCCUUGUAGUACGGAUUAUGACAGGCCUUCUGAACUCGUGGUACAGUCGACGCCACCUUCCGUUGAUCGGGUGUACACUCGCAGGGAGGUGACACACAAUCACAGCAGCCAGAGAGCAGAACUUUCCAGUGUCCUGGAUUUGGAGAGGGUUGACAUCACCAGCGUGAUCGCGCGGCGGCCGGGCGGCUGUGGCUUUGGAAUGCUCUGGAACCAUCUCCGGCUGCACGCGCAUCUUCUGAUGAUGGACGCCGGGUGGAAGAUCGAGGGCAAGGAACGAGGGAACAAGAGUAAGAUCGAGGGCAACAAGGAAAGGUGGAACAAGAGUAAGAUCGACCUCAUGUACGAGUCGCCCGACAAGCUCAUGCGCCUGGCUUCUCUUGCUAGGGCUUGGAAAUGCUUUGGUGAGUGGCUGCUGAUCCGUUCGUCCAGAGUUGAUGGAGAUGACCGUGGAAAGGAAUGGUCCAACAUGCAUGACUUUCUGUGUGAUUUGAAGUACACGUUGCUGUGCUUGGAACACGAGGCCCGGCGCGCCGAGCAAUCGAUGUCUUUCAUGCACCAGUGGCGGCUGCUCGAUCCUUUCAUGGCGGUGGUUUGCAUCGAGAAGAAGGUCGCAGCGCUGCGGAAUGGAGUGCCACUGAAGGCUGUGAACAGCACAGUCUACAGUCCUCAGUCAUAGCGAGAGAAGCUGCAGAAGCAGAGCAAGGGAGAACCAAAUCCGAGUCAGCAAGUACAGUUGAAGCUGAAAGGGAGCCGGAGGCAUUGGUGGCACGGCGUGAGCUGUGGCGGCCUAUCUGCGAGGAAGAGGGCUGCGUGGUAGUUUGAGUACCAGAUCGACUUUGUUGCGUGUUUGUCUUUUGCCCACUCUGUUGUACUCCUACUGUAGAACGGAUCUCUAGCCUCUGCUCUGACCUUCUAACUAUCUCCGUAUCUCCCAAGUCACCUUGCUGAAUCGUUCUUCCUCUCGAACUCCAAAUUCCUGUAAUCUGUUAGCAGCCUAGGCGCAGCUCUCGUUUCA